CAACAACAACAAACCAAAAAUGGGGUUUAACGAUCUAACAAUGGAAACUCUUCGUGAUCGAGCCGAAACAUUGAAGGAUUGUCUUGCUAGAAGCCAGAUCAUAACCGACAGCAUGACCAACAUCCUCGGCUCCUUCGAUCUCCGCCUUUCCGCCCUCGAAACCGCCAUGCGCCCCACACAGAUUAAGACGCAUUCGAUGAGGCAAGCGCAUGGGAAUAUUGAUAAGACUUUGAAGUUUGCCGAUGCGGUUUUGGUCCAAUUCGAGCUUGUUAAACAGGCUGAGGCUGAAAUUAUGAGAGGUCCUCAUGAAGAUUUGGAGAGUUAUUUAGAAGCAGUGAAUCAACUGAAAAAAAUUGUUCGGUUUUUCAGCACUAAUAAAAACCUUAAGAGCAGCAUUGGAGUGAUUACUCAUUCUACAACUUUGCUUCAAAAGGCUUCGUUAAUGCUCGAGGAAGAGUUCAGGCAGCUAUUACACGCUUGCAGGUCUGAUUCCGAUAUCUUUCGGUUAAACUUUCGUACUGUUUUGGUUAAUAAGUUGUGUGUUUGCUUAUGUUUUAGUAAACCAGUGGAACCCGAUCGCCUUUUGGACUGCCUGCCUGCUUCCCUUAGACCGUCAACUGCUAAUGGUGACGCUGGGAAGAAAACGCAUGCGGAUCAUAAUAAAGAUUUAGAAGAUGUUGUUUAUCGUCCACCAACUCUUGUACCGGCUAAAGUUGUCCCGUUGUUGCAUGAUCUCGCUCAACAAAUGCUUCAAACGGGCCAGCAACAACAAGUGUUUAUUAUUUACAGGGAAGCUCGUUCUGCGUGUAUGGAAGGCAGUCUUAAAAAACUUGGAGUAGAAAAACUUAGUAAAGACGAUGUCCAGAAGAUGCAAUGGGAGGCGUUGGAGGCUAAAAUCGGAAACUGGAUUCAUUUUGUGCGGAUCGCUGUAAAAUUGCUAUUUGCUGCAGAAAGAAAAGUGUCGGAUCAAAUUUUCGAAGGGAUGGAAUCGUUUAUGGACCAAUGUUUUGCCGAAGGAACUGCAAGCGCUGUGUCGCUACUACUUAGCUUCGGAGAAGCUAUUGCCAAAAGCAAGCGAUCGCCUGAAAAGUUAUUCGUUCUUCUUGACAUGUAUGAGAUUAUGAAAGAGGUUCAACCAGAGUUCAAUACAUUAUAUGCAAGUAUUUCUGCUGCUGAACUGAGGGAAUCUGUUUCCGCCUUGACAUUACGGUUAGCAGAGACAGCUCAAGAGACGUUUGUUGACUUUGAAGAAGCCGUUGAAAAGGACGCUACAAAAACCGCUGUUCUUGAUGGAACUGUCCAUCCGUUAACAAGUUAUGUUAUCAAUUACGUCAAGUUCUUAUUCGAUUACCAGUCAACAUUGAAACAACUCUUUCUAGAGUUUGAAGCAAUUGAUCCAGAUGCCCAACUGGCGAAAAUAACAACGCGUAUAAUGCAGGCGUUGCAAAAUAAUUUAGACGGAAAGUCUAAAAAUUAUAAAGAUCAAGCGUUGACUCAGUUAUUUAUGAUGAACAAUAUUCAUUACAUCGUUAGAUCUGUUCGAAGGUCCGACGCGAAGGAUAUGUUAGGAGAUGACUGGGUCCAAAUCCAUCGAAGGGUCGUGCAGCAGCAUGCGAAUCAGUAUAAAAGAAUUUCUUGGUCGAAGAUAUUACAAUGCCUCACGGUUGCUGGUGGUGACGGGAUCAGCACUGCUGGGGUCUCUCGAGGUACGGUUAAGGAAAAGUUCAAGACGUUCAAUACUCAGUUUGAAGAACUACAUCAACGACAAUCUACAUGGACAGUUCCCGAUAGUGAGUUGCGCGAGUCACUGAGGCUGGCUGUAGCCGAAGUCCUUUUACCUGCCUAUAGAUCGUUCAAAACACGCUUUGGACCUAUGAUUGAAGGCGGUAAAAACCCGUCAAAAUACAUCAGAUUCCAGCCAGAGGAUCUUGAGAGAAUGCUGGCAGAAUUUUUCGAGGGGAAACAAGCGCAAGAGCAAAAGCGGUUGAUUUGAUGAGCGUUUUUUUUUUAUUGUUGAAAGGGAAGUUUUUUUUUUUUUUUAAAUUCUUUUUA